AUGAUAAAAAUAGAUGGAAUAAUUUUACUUUACCUUUCUGUGCUCAAUUUGGUGUGUUGUCUUAAUAGCAACUUGAGUAAAAGCGCCUACAUCUUGUACACUCCGAAGUCGACGAAGAGGUACAAGGCUCCCUUCAGAAGAUGGAAUAGCCCACAGAACAAUAACACGAACGAACUAAAAGAAGACGAUGAUUUAAUCAAGUACGAACUCCCCAACCGCCUGACCAACAUCAUCUACAAAAAAAGAAAAAACAAAAAUAAAAAAAUGUACAUUUUAAAUAACGAAAAACACAUCAUAUUACCUUCUCACAAAAUUUCAAAUGAAUACAAGAAUUACACAAAUCCAAUUGACUACAAUUACGAGGAGAUGCAUGUGUACAUGGAAGUGAACACUGGCAGUGUGAAUGAAAAGAAAAAUCAGCAAGGGAUAAGUCACCUCUGUGAGCAUGUCUCCUACAUGGGUUCAAAAAAUCGAAAAAAUAUUAUAGACAAAAAUAUUCGGACGAAUGCAUACACCGAUUUUCACCACAUCGUCUUCUACAUAAGCGUGAGCCUGAACAAAGAACUAUACAAAGAAAACUCCCUAGCCCACUUCCAGUACGAAAAUGUCGUAGAAAAUGUUAGGCAAGAUCAAAUUGAAGAUUACGAUAUUUACACAGUAGACGAAUUUAACUACAAGCAUGCCAUCCUCUCCAACUGCAUCGACACCAUGGUGGAAGUACUAAAAGGAGAAACACAAUUCAACAGGGAACGAAUUAUUAAGGAGAAGAAGGCAAUUUUUUCAGAAUACAGUAUUAUCAACACGGUGGAAUAUAAAAUGAAUUCAGACAUAAUUAAAACGUUGCACAAGGAAAACAGACUGAGCCACCGACUUCCCAUCGGGAAGCUGGAGCUGCUAAAGAGGUACGAACCCAAGGACAUCAAAAAAUACUUUGACCUUUUCUUCAGAACGGAAAAUGUCAACCUGUACAUCUACGGAGAUGUCAACGUGGACAUAGCUCGAAAAUUGGUGAGCGAAAAAUUUCAGGACAUUAAGAAGGAGGAUCUAACACCGGACGACAUUAAAUACCUGGCCAUUCUAAAUGACAACACUUUGCGAUCGAGAAAUAAAAACCUACCCGCAAUUGUCCAUAUGUAUGGAGCUGAUUAUUCAGUAAAGGGCGAACCGGAAAAUGGCUCUUUAAAUGGACCAGACAGUAAAAUGGAUGAAGUGUGUGGAGGGGAAUAUGUCAUAGGAGGUACCGACACGGGAAAAGAGAAGGUACACACAAAUAUAGAUAGCACACCGGGCGAUAAGAAAGACGCACCCAAAAAUGUUGAAAACGGUUCCAACAAUCCCCCCCUGGACGAAGAAUACCCAGAUGACAACAUCCUCGACGCACGCAAACUGAACGAAUUCCGAAACAAAUUUCAAAACGAAGCCAUGAGCGAGCUGAAAUUUAGGGCCUACCUCAGCGAAAAGUACAAACCAAAUUUGGAAGAAGAAAAAAUUCUGAACAAGUCAGGUAAAAAAGGAAACCUCACAACAGAUUUUGAAAUUAUAAAAUAUUCUUUAAAUAAUGUCAACAUAAAUAUACUGAUGAAGGAGGAAAUAAAAAGCAUUCGAACGAUGGAGGAUUACAGAAAUUAUGUCAUGAAGGAUGUUAUGUUUUAUUGUUUGUCUUUCCGUUUUAACGUGUACAAGAGAGAUUUAUUUAACAGCAUAGAUAUUAAUGAGUACACAAAUAUUAACGAAGGAGCCACCAUCAGAACGGUGGAAAUAAAGACGACGACAAAGUCGUUCGCGGAAGCUGUGAAAGCUUUUUAUAAUUUCAUUAAAAGUUUGCUAGCCCACGGAUUUAGCAAUGAUGAGUUACAAAAUUAUCGGGCCAACGAGAUUCAGUACGAGGAUGUAGGUGGAGGCAGCGGCGAAGGCGAUUCCAGCUCAGCCAGUGGCGGAGGAACAAAACAGAUGAAGCUCGUGCACCCAGAGAAGGAAGAGGAAGAACAAAUCUUGGAAACCCGAAUGAACGAAAUGUACACAGAUGAAAUACAGAAAAUUAUCGACUACAAUUCUUGCAAACAUGUUUACCUUAAUGAGAAGAGGGAAAAAAAACUUAAGCGGGAAAUUUUUGAUAAUUUAAAAAUAGAACAAGUUAAUUCCUUUGCCAAAAAUUAUUUUCAAUAUUUGUUUAACAUAUUCAAGGAGCAUACGAAUUUUAAGCCUAACUGUGUUAUUAUCCAUGUUCCACACUUAGAUUUCAAUUCUUUCGACAAGGAUCAAGUGAAGAAGCUGUUCCUAGACAACAUCAAUUCGGUAUCCGACGUUCCAAACUUUUCAUUAAGCUUUCAGAACACAUUACUAUCACAUAAAUAUGUAUAUGAAAAUAUCACAAAAAAUUUGCACAUGGCUAGGUACGUUAAUUCCAGGGCGGAACACCCACCCAGGGAAGACAUAUUCACGGGCAUCCUUCACAAGAUCAGUCAGGUGAAAAGGGACGAGCAGCCCCUUCUGUGCGUCCUCACUGGUGUGAACAAACUAGACAAGAAUGGCACCGCACCCCUCGUGUACACUGCGCCCAAUUUUCCCCUCUUCCGAACGUGCUAUGACUUCGAUGCGGAGAACAAUGUGGGACGAGUCAAGCAUGGGAAGGACGCCCCCCAGGGCACACACCUAAGGCACCCUACGCAGGGAAAAGAGCAUAUCAAACUGGAUGAACCUCUCACCCAGCUGACCAUCCGAGAAACCGAGGGCAGAGUCAACCUGAAAAAAUACGUGCAGGUGGAGAGAAACCAAAGAGAAGUCGAAAACUACCAACUGGCAAAUGGCAUCAAAGUGAAUUUAUACAAAACACAAAUAGACAAAAAAAACAUAUACCUCAGAUUAAUCAUACCACAUAAUGACAUAUUGAAAAAAAAAAAAAAAAACGUCUUCCCCUUAUUAUUCUCAGUUAUAUGUCUAUUCGAGGGAGGAGAAAUAGAAAACAUCAGUCGUGAAAACGUCGAAAUUCAUUGUAGCAAUAGGAGCAUAAAUAUAUGCAUCGAUAUUAAUGACGAAUAUUUUUUUAUCGAUAUUUAUACGUAUAAUAAACACGAAAAUAUGAAUUCAGCCUUUUCCAUACUUAACAAUAUUUUAUUGCAAACACGGAUUGAAGAGUCUGCCCUUAACAGGGUCGUGGACAAACUACGGAAGGAUUUCUACGAAUAUAAGAACAAUCUCCAGUCCUUCCUCCUGGGACAAACCAUCUCUUACCUCUCCGAUGGAGCGAUGGGCUACCAAAACUUUGACCUGCGGGAAGCCGAAGAAAUGUCUCUGGAAAAGGUGCAGAAGAUGCUAAAGCACCUGUUUAGCAACCCCUCCCUGCUUGAGCUUACCGUUGUAGGAGACAUAUCCGAUUUUGUGCACUACUACGUGAUGCAUUACAUUGGAACGCUUCCAUUUAAAAGAGAGGAGGAACCCCUGAAUGGAAACGAAAUAGCAGUGGAAGGAGUAAUUUCCCAACAGGUGAAUUCCCCUGGUGAUGAAAACAACCCAACGUACAACGACACGCACAACGGAAGGGACCCCCUACAAGAUGAGUACUCCCUCCUGUGCCCACUUCAAAACUUCGAACAAAAAAUAAAACAAGCCACCUACGUGUAUUUAAAAGAAAAAGAAGAUCACGCCGUUUUCCUCCUCAUCGGAAAGAGUGCCAACCACUUUGGCUUCCUCUCCAAUGGGGUGCACAUAUCGCUAUACUUACUACAAUUUCUAAAACAGGUUCUAUAUCAUGAAAUGGAAGAUGAAAAUGUAGAAAAAAACACCACAAGUGAAGGACUCACACAACUUGUAAAUCACAUCAACAUAGAAAAAUACAAAAAGGAAGACAUCACCGAAUUAAUUACAAACAAAAAAAAAUUAUAUACCAACCCAUUAUUUUUCAAUGCAGUAUCAUACAUCAUUCAGUACAUACUGAAUAGUAAAUUAUUUCACUAUUUAAGAGAAAAAAAAGAAUUAACUUAUGAUUCUUCCUUUGAAUUUAUAAAUUAUGAAAAAUAUUUUGCAGGAUUUUUUACCUUACUUGUUCAGACAAAUCCCAAAGAUUUAAAAAUUAUAAAAAAUGAAGUUCUUUCUAGUUUUGAAAAUUUUACAAAAAAUUUUUAUAACUACUCUGAUUACUUAAUAGAAAAUGCCAAAUUAUCUUAUUUAAAUAAAAAAACAAAAGAUUUGAAAUUUUUUGUCGAUAAAAUUUCAGGCAUGCAAUUAACCCAUUUCCCAUUAAAGUAUAAAAAUAAUUUACUCCUCAGGGAUAAUCUUAUCCUAAGUAAAAUCGAAAAGAUAGACAUCCUCUUGGCCGUAUAUGUCCUCUUUAAUCAGACCUCAAGUUAUCACAUAUCCUGUGGAAUUGCAUCUCCGAAGGAUAUUUGGGCGAAAGUUUACAGAAACAUAAAUGAGUUGUAA